UUGGUCACCAAGUACGACUACGUUAACCUUUAUAAUAUUGAAACUGGAGACUGUAUUUGUAAAAACCGUAUUUCAUCUGAUCCAAUUUUUAUAUCGACCGAAUAUACUGAGACGGCAGGUAUUAUAUUUGUUAACAUGAAAGGGCAGCUUCUUUCUGUUAGUAUCAACGAGUCGAACAUUAUUCCAUAUAUCAAAUACACCCUCGAAAAACCUGAUCUUGCUCUGAGAACACCUCAGACGUUUCAAAAGUUCCAGUGCUGUGCAGAGCAAGGUGGAAAACCCACACUUCUGCUUGAAUAUUUUGAUGUACUUUUAAAACACGGAAAACUGAACAGUUAUGAAACUUUGGAGUUCUGCAGAUAUGUUCUUACCCAGGGCAAAAAAGAACUUCUUGAAGACCAGUUAAGAGAAGGGAAACUGGAAUGGAGCAGCGAAAGUAAUGAUCUUGCAGAGCGAUAUGGCGUCACUGUUCCAACUCACCUGCAGGAGGAGUGUUUCCUGUAAAG